AUGCAUGGAAUCGUCAAAGGAUAUACUCGUUGGUUAUAUCAUGGUGAAUUCAUCGCUAAAAAGAAACAUGUCCCUAAUGACUUAAAAACAAAAGAAAAAGAUGAUAUAAUUGGGAUGAUUCAUGAUGCAGCUGGACCUAACCUAAUGGAUGCUAUAAUGCAAGAUGUUUGUGUGCAAGACACUAUCGAGCCUAACAAUCCUAAUAAUGUUGAACCUGAUGCUUCACCAUUGGUUCCAAAUAAAGAAGCCCUUAAAUUUCUUAAGCUAUUAGAAGAUGCCCAACAACAACUUUAUCCUGGUUGUGAUGAGUUCUCAAAGUUGUCAUUUAUUGUGGAAUUAUUUCAGAUUAAAUGUCUUUAUGGAAUAAGUGAUAAAGCAGUUGACUGCAUAAUGCAAUUGCUUAAAAAGGCACUUCCGCGUGGUGAAAAUUUACCAAAAUCUUUUUGUGACGCAAGAAAGCUUAUAAGAGAUCUGGGUCUUCACUAUGAAAAAAUAGAUGCUUGUGAGAAUGAUUGUGUUCUUUUCUGGAAGGACAAUGCAAAUGAUGAAAAUUGUUUGAUUUGUGGUGAAUCUAGAUGGAAAUCAGUUGAGAAGAAUGCGAUUAAUCCUAACAAGAGUGGCAAGAAGAUUCCUAGGAAAGUGUUACGUUAUUUUCCACUAAAACAAAGAUUACAAAGACUAUUUAUGUCAUCAAAAACAGCUUCAGAUAUGAGAUGGCAUCAUGAGGAGCGUCCCCAAGAUGGCAUUCUAAGACAUCCAGCUGACUCUGAUGCAUGGAAAUCUUUUGAUAUUUUACAUCCAGGAUUUUCUAGAGAGCCUCGUAAUGUUAGACUUGGGCUAGCAUCUGAUGGAAUCAACCCUUUUGGUAAUAUGAGUGUUUCGUAUAGCACUUGGCCAGUAAUUGUUAAUGUAUAUAAUUUACCUCCUUGGAUAUGUAUGAAGCAACCCUAUUGUUUGCUAUCAUUGUUAAUACCUGGGCCUAAAGCUCCUGGGAAUGACAUUGAUGUGUACUUGCAACCUUUGAUACAGGAGUUACAAGAAUUAUGGCAUUAUGGAGUUGAGACUUUUGAUGCUUCAAAAAAGGAAAAUUUUUGCAUGCGUGCUGCACUUUUAUGGACAAUUAAUGAUUUUCCUACAUAUGCUAAUUUGUCAGGGUAG